AACGCAGCGCGCAGGCGCAGAGAGGGGUCCGGGUAAGGGCGUCUGGGCUAAGCGGUGGGUGCGGGCUGACCCCGCAGGUGGUUGCGGCUGGAAGAUGGCGGAGCUGCGCGCGCUCGUGGGUGUCAAGAGGGUCAUCGACUACGCCGUGAAGGUCCGGGUGAAGCCGGACAAGACGGGAGUGGUCACGGACGGUGUGAAGCACUCCAUGAACCCCUUCUGUGAGAUCGCGGUGGAGGAGGCCGUGCGGCUCAAGGAGAAGAAGCUGGUGAAGGAGGUCAUCGCUGUCAGCUGCGGCCCUGUGCAGUGCCAGGAGACCAUCCGCACCGCCCUGGCCAUGGGCGCAGACCGAGGUAUCCACGUGGAGGUGACGGCUGCAGAGGCGGAUCGCUUGGGCCCCCUGCAGGUGUCCCGGGUCCUGGCCAAGCUGGCGCAGAAGGAGAAGGUGGACCUGGUGCUGCUGGGCAAGCAGGCCAUCGAUGAUGACUGUAACCAGACAGGGCAGAUGACAGCCGGACUCCUGGACUGGCCACAGGGCACGUUCGCCUCCCAGGUGACGCUGGAGGGGGACAAGGCGAAAGUGGAACGGGAGGUUGACGGGGGCCUGGAGACCGUGCGCCUGAAGCUGCCUGCGGUGGUGACCGCCGACCUGAGGCUCAAUGAGCCGCGCUACGCCACGCUGCCCAACAUCAUGAAAGCCAAGAAGAAGAAGAUCGAGGUGAUCAAGGCCGGGGACCUGGGCGUGGACCUGACCUCCAAGCUGUCCGUGAUCAGCGUGGAGGACCCGCCGCAGCGCACAGCCGGCGUCAAGGUGGAGACCACCGAAGACCUGGUGGCCAAGCUGAGGGAGAUCGGGCGGAUCUAAGCUCUUCCCAGAAACUUGGCAAUAAAACUGACUCCAAAAUGUCCUUGUCAACUCA